CGCGACAGACACCAAUGCCAAAGCCAUAUAUAUAGACAGUCCUUGGAUAUACGCGACUUUGACCGCUAGGGCUGCAUUCUUCUCUACACCUAGCAAACAUUCUUGAAAUGACAGAGAAGAUCAACAGUUUCGAGGACAACCUCAUGCCUCGUUCCACUAUACGCAACUGCGCCAAAGCUGUUCUCAAGGCCGAUGCGCCCAUACAGAAAGAGGCCUUGCUUGCUCUCACGAAAGCAUCAACUGUAUUCAUCUCCUAUCUGACAGCACAAGCGAACGAGAUUGCCAUCUCAAGAAAACGAAAGACGAUCAUGCCCGUUGAUGUGUUCGAGGCACUAAAGGUCAUUGAAUUUGAGCGUUUCGUCGAUGAUCUCAAGAAAGAACAUGAAGAGCAAGACGCAUUGCGGAAGGAGAAGAGAAACCAGAAAAGGCCCACAGAGGAAGACGCUGCUACUCAAGCCUCGCAAGCCGAAGAAGGCACACAGAGCAAGAGGCCUAGGCUCGAGGAAGCUGCUGAUCCUGACGACGUCCGCGGAGAGGAGGAUUCGCAGUCCGAUACAGACGAAGAAGCGGAAGGAAAAGAAGAUGAGAAUGAAAACGAUGAAGUGGAUGAUGCGGAUGACGCCGAUGAGACCCUCUUUCAAGGAGAGGAUACUUCUACCAGAGCCGACGACCUCGCAGGUGAAGCCAUUGCCGAGUCGCAAGACGGCCCUACUCGAGAUGCACUUGACUAUGACGAAGCACUGGACAACGGAGACGAGAGUGACUGAAGUCAGUAUCAUAGACUGUUGUUAUUGAAGCCACUCAUGCCAUCCCAGAUUGGACGCGAACACUGAAGAUCACGAAGCCU